CCGAGAACAAUUUUUUUGGGGUUUUGGCCACCGGCCAGGCAUGGGGACACAUGGAGAAACUAGGACUAGUGGCGAAGAAAAAUCCAGUCAUGCCUCUUCUCCAUUAUUCCCCCAACUUAGAAAACCCAACAUUUCAAUUCAAACUUUGUGGUCAAUAUCAUACUACUCCUCCUCCUCUCAUAUUUACCAGAUUAAAUACUCCCUUUUCAUCAUAUAAUUAAUAUCUUUGCAAUAUAAUUGAUCAAGAAGAAAGAAGUAUCUAUCUAUCUAUCUAUUUAUCCAAUAAAAAUGGUGGGAUGCUUCAUACCAUUGAAUGGGAGGAACUUGGAUCUGAGCUUCUUUGUAUUGAGGCCAACAAUAGUAAUAGUUGAUGAUCUUCUCCACUCUCUCAAGCACUUCUCCUCCACCACUCACACCACCCUUGGCUGUAUCCACUCUUCUCUUUUUAGAAGCAUCCAUGGCAAUCUUAUUGUAUGGUAUGGAGCAUGGAUAAAGAGGUCAUGUGAAAAUGGGAGAGAUUUGCUCAAUGCCUCUCUUCUUCCAAUGUUAAGCAAUAAUGUUUCCAGCAUGGCCAAAGUCAUAGAAUAUGGGUUCUAUGACGCAUACGCCGGGCAAACAAGGGACGGAACCCCCGCGGCGAAGUUCUACGCAGGAGACAUCGUCUCCCUCCAUGCCCUCUCCUUCUCAUCAGCCCGCGGCGGCGAACACGACAUCAUUAACACUCUCAUGAACAACUUCUCCUACGCAUGCCUUGCCAUUUUUAAAGACAGGUUCCUGAAAAUGGAUGGUGCGAAAGCGGGGGUGUGCCUGAAGUCGGAGAGAAUGCGCAAGGUUUGCGGGGUGCUGGUGUGGAGAUCAUUGCAGAGCUGUUACUCCUUCAUCCUCAAUGAAGACUAUAGAACCAGUGUUUUGCCAUACCUUGAUGAUGGCAGCCUCUCUCUUGACAUCAAAUAUGAUAUCUUUAGGGUUGUUUACGUCAGUGGUGGGGAUAAUGCUUUGAACAAUCCUUUUUACCCUCCACCCAAGAUGAUCGCCGGAGAUCAGCAAACUGCUGCCGUGGCGCCGGAGGUUGUUCAAGAUUCCCACAGUUCCACUGAGUUGCUAAGCUCUGUUGCUAAGCUCCAAGCAAUCGACUCCUUAUCUUCGAAUUUCUCUCGCGCACCAUUACGUUUCCCAAUUCUUCUCUCCAUCUUCAAUUUCGAUCCUAGGGAUUUUCGUCUACAAAGAAGCUGAAUCGUCAAUUACAUCACGUUAUUCCGUCCAGAGGCUAGAGAUGGACUCAAUAUGUUGACAACUCUGAGAAGAAAAGCCACGGUCUCUCUAUCAAAGCGAUUGUCACCUCCGACCUCUUGUACGAUCUCGUCGACGGCGGAGAAGCCGUUUUCACUGACUCAAUGCGAAGCUCAGCACCGUAGAAGACCUUGAACGGGCUCUGGAUCUUCUUUCGGAGCUCCGGAAUCAGUGUGAUGAUCUCGACCGAAGUCUCUCGAAUCUGAACAAGCAGCUUAAGACAUAUCUAUUCGGCUACGCUUCACAAUCGGGACAGAUCAAUGGUCUCCUCGAUGACAUUAAUCACCGAUUGAAGGAUCUCCAGUCUUCUUCCUCUAGUACUGCAACUUCUUCAUCCGAUGGAGAUCCGAAUAAGAUUUGGGGGGAGGAGUUACCGGCACUCUCAUCUGCCACGUUGUCUCCUUGCACCUCUCUAUCCUUGGCCUCAAUAGGCUUCGUCCCGGUCCAUCUCUCCGCAAUCUCACUGUCAAUUCUGAAUCCGAGGCAAAACUACACCGUCUGAGGUCUCUUCUCCCUCGCACUCCACCAGGAUCAGAUCCACCUUCACCGGCAGCAACACCUUCAUCAUCUCACUAUCUUCGUUGCCGUCAGAUUCCUUUGCCUUUUUAUCUCUCUAAUUCAGGUCAUGUUCAUUAUGUUGUGCUCCAUAGAAUGCAAAUCAGAUUCAUCAUUAUCAAAUGCAAAAUUGUAAUUCUUGCAUUUGAGUUUCUGUCUUCCAUUAAUUCAGUUUUAUGACAUGAAUAUCAUUGUCAAUCUGAUUUCAUCCUCAUCAGAUUUCAUCAGAGAUUGAAUAAAUUCAAAACAUAUUCUUCAUUUUUGACUUUGCCAUCUCUGUUUCAUCUUCAUCAUAACUGAUCCUUAUUGAUCCCCUGUUCAUUAUAUUGGUUCUCAGAUUGAGUAUCCAAUUUCAUUCUCAUUCUCAUGAGUCAUGAUUGAAAUGUUUCGUUCAAUCAUUUUCCUUCACUUUUGAAAUUCAUAAGUUUCAUCAUUAUUCAAUUUCACUCAUUCAGUUUGAUUGAGCUUCACUCGUAUCGUUUUGAUCGAGUUUCCCCUUCAUCAUCAUCCGAUUUUCGGUUGAUUUCAUCAAUUGCUUUUGUCAAUUGGUUUCAUUUCAUCAUUUGAUGUUUUCAUUUGAAUUCAUCAAUUGAUUUGUCAUCUCAUCUUCAUCAUCGGUUGUGUAUGGUUUACUUUUCUGUUCAUUCUAGAGAACCAUGGCAGCCAUCACUAUCACCUCUUGUCUUCAAAUUUUAUCUCUGGACAUGGGAAUGAUGUUAUCUACAGUCAAAAGCAUUGCUUUUCCCAUUCAAUAGAGAGUUGUGUCUCUCAACUUCAGAAUCAAGGGAUUUUUUUGGGUUGCCAAGCCUGAAAUUAUGGAGAAAAUUCUCUCCACUGUUAUGUAGCUUGCAAACCCGAUGUUAAUGAAGAGAUGAUUUGCGAUAUCAAAUGAUUCAGGUUGCUGUAAGUUGGCCUCUCAAUGUCUAGGGACUGCCUACAGAUGUCAUAUAUUGCCUCAUUGUCUAAAAAUACAUUUGUGUGUUCUAAGAGGGAAUGUGUGGAAAAGACACUAUUGUAUGGCUCAACAACAGCAGUUGAUACCUAAGGAGAUGGAUAUAUGGCAAAUCCAAGUUUUGGAUUUCUUUCACAAUCUACUGACAAAUACUGCAAAAGCAAGGAUCCUAAACGAGAAGCUUAUUGUUUAUGCCUCUUCCACUGUCAAUGGACUUUCAUCUACAUACACAUCAAAGUCACAUCAAAGUCAACAGAGAUUUGAUUCAGUUGCAAGUUGAAGUUGUUCCCACCUUCAACUUGAGGGGGGGGGUGUUGGUGUAAUCAACCAUUUAGCAUGAU